CAUUACCUUGCACCCUCGCAGUAGCCAUGAUGCGCCUGACGCUCGCGCUCAGCGUCUUCGCUGCGUUGGAACUGGCUGCCUCGCAGCAGAUCUAUGACAUCUGGCAGACGACAUGGGACCGCGACAUGCUGUUCACGUACUUCCAGCCCAACCCAGACCCCAUCAACUUUGUUACUCCGGGACCAGCAGCGAGCGCAGACAUCCAGAUCGAUGACUCGUCGGUGUACCAGACCGUCUAUGGCUUCGGUGCAUCCCUCACCGACUCAUCUGCAUCCUUGUUGAAUGGCCUCAAGAAUCAAAACUCGGGAAGCUACUGGCAGCUUUUGGAUUACUUGUUCAACAUGACGGACGGAGCUAACGCGGCCGGCCUCUCCUACAUCCGGGUUCCCAUCGGCGCGUCUGACUUUUCGACCCAGGACUACAGCCUUGAUGAUUCCAGCGGGGACACUUCUCUAAACGACUUCAAUAUCAACGACGCUCCCUCUGAUGUUUUCUCGGUGCUUUCGGACAUUCUCUCUGUUAACGACCGAGUCAAUGUUCACAUUCUCCCCUGGUCACCGCCUGGUUGGAUGAAGGACGGCGGAACCAUGAACGGGGGAUCGCUAGAGACUCAGUAUGAAGACACCAUGGCCAACUACCUGCUCAAGUCGCUCCAGGGCUUCAAGAGCAAGGGCAUCCCCGUGUACGCGAUCAGCAUCCAGAACGAGCCCGAGAACAGCAACCCGACGUACCCGACGUGCGAUAUGCCCGUCGCCACUGAGGCCGCAAUCGGCCAGUCGCUGCGCUCGCUCAUGAAUAGCAACGGGUUCUCGAGCACCAAGAUCAUUGGGUAUGAGCAUAACUGGAACGACGCGGGCGGGUACCCUGUUCAGCUUAUGCAACAAGCUGGGGACUAUUUUGCAGGGGUGUCGUUCCACUGCUAUGACGGGGAUGUUUCGGACCAGGCGUCGUUUACUUCGCAGUAUCCUGACAAGGAAGUGUACUUCACCGAGUGCUCGGGAACUAUGGGUUCUGACUGGUGGAGUGACAUCAAGUUCUACAUGGACGAGAUCUUCAUCGGAUCGCCGAACUACGGUUCUUCCUCUGGCCUCAUGUGGAACCUCGCGCUCGACGGUAAUGGCGAGCCCUUGUUGCCCGGCACGAACAGCUGCAAUGGGGGUAGCUACCCAGGGUGUCGCGGCGUCGUCCAGAUCAACAGCGAUGGCAGCUGGAGCCUGAACCAGGAAUUCUACUCCAUGGCCCAAGCCUCAAAGGCCAUCAUCCCCAAGGACGCCGGCGGGCCGUUCGGCCAGCGCAUCGGCCAGAGCGUGAGCGGCGACCUCGACUGGGCGCUCGUCGUCGGCGCGUACGUGACGACGCGGACGGACUCGUCGCAGUGGAACCGGUACAGCAUCGUCGUGCUCAACUGGGACGACAGCGCGAGCACGACGUGGAACCCGGUCCCGGUGAACGCGACGAUCGAGUUCCGCGGGAUGCAGGCGAGCUACGUGUUCCCCGUUGGUGUUACGACGCUGUGGUGGUACGCGCCCGCGCAGAGCUUCUCGGUCGUGGACACAUUCAAGCACGCGCUUAAGUCGGUGUGGUCGGGCAGUCUGUGGGACUUGCCGGUGUAUCUGUGGUCUGCUCUUCGUGGAUGAUCAUGAGCGUUUUUCUUGUUCUUGGUUGGAUGAGGAUAGAAGGACCGUUUUGACGACUUGUUAUGAUGCGUUGAGGUGAUGACACCUACGAGCUCUUGUGACUAUUCUUAGUACCGUAAUUUGCUCGGGUUUUCCACUUUACAUGACACGCAGAGGGCUUUGCGAACGCACGGGCGCAGCGAUUACCUCUACAUACCUUUUUUUUGUAUUAUUGCUGACCGUUGAGGCUGUUAUACUGUAAUGUUUAUUAUCGCCUUCGGUGGCGUGCAAAUUCUUUCGACAGUAUCACGAAGCAUCUGUUGUAGGCCAGGCAAGAAAGUACACCACAGAAAACAAGGAUGGGAUCACCCAGGCUUCGUUCAUGCGCGCCUUAGUUGAUCUUCCUGGCCAGCGCUUCAUCUCCCAUCCAGACACGCGCCUUGCGCUUGCUCUUGGGCGAGGUCGCCCCAGGCGAGGUCGGUGGGGUGUUGACGACCUUUGAGUUGGACAUCGUCUGUGCGUGCCCUGCGAGCGCCGUGCACAGCGCGAGACGGUAUCCUGUUCUUUGUAUCGUCAAGGCUUAUAUGUGAGAGAGGGUGGACGUACUCGGGCUGAGUGCGCUUCUGCUCGGAGGUCGCGCGUUCUCCUUGUCGUCGCUCCUGCGCUUGCUCGGCGCGCGUUCCUGGAAUGCGUUGGCGGCAGAAGCGCUGGGAUAGGCUAGCGAGGUGUCUGGUAAGAAGGCGUGAGC